GAAAACACAAACAUUUAAACAAUUUAAACCAGACACGUGAGCUCAUUAUCAGAGUUUCCAAAGGAACUCAGAGCAUGUAAACGUAAAAUUUUUCAACUAAAUGAAGAUCGUCAACUUCACCUGCCGUUCUCAUGUGCUCAUUUAUCUUUUACCUGUUAUUCUUUACAUUUUGCUUUCAUUCGCUCUAAAUAUGUUGAAACAUCAUUCCUAAAUUUUCGACUUCUUUUUCUGAUCGGUCGAUUAUCUGUUCCUGAUUAUGGUUUAGUAAAAUUGCAAGUAAUAUGCUACAACAAAAAAUAUGCUUCCUCUCUUAUGGAUCGAUGUUGCUGAGCAUAUUUUCGCAAAAAACCAUCUUCAACUUCCAUUUAGUUCCAUUUUGGGUUGGCAAAAUUCUCUACUCAAUCAAGCUGUUUCGUCGACGGUAAUGGUGGUGGGCCAAAUGUAUGUUUACAUAGAUGGUGUAAAGCCGCGAGAAAACUGCGCUACUCUACAGUAGAGAAAAUACAACAAAUAUUCCCUUUGCUCAUCCCAAAAUGGCAUUAGGAACGAUUUAAGCUGUUGAGUGAUUGAGUACGAUAUAAACGAAGCACACGUUGGGGUCGCACCCCAUUUGCAAUUCGAAAAGUCUUGGGCGUGCGAGUAGCAAUGAAAGCGUACGGUGUUACAGUAGUGCUGGUGCUUUGCACCACCCAGAUAUCGUUGGCCAUCCCUCGACCCGACUUUGGUGUUAAUGCGCCAGUUUACGGUGGUGCAGAUGUUGCCUCAACCGCACAAGAAAGUGGAACACUGAUAAAUGAAGUGAAUGAUAAUCUGGACAUUACACUGGAUUCGGGCUAUGCGCUACUCACCACGAUCAAGACUCAGCUUGUCGGUAUUGCCGACGAUUUCACCACCAAGGGCUUAGCAGUGUCUGAUGCGAUAGAUGCACUGGCUGCUAGUAACGGACCAUUGGAUGAUGCAUUUACCGACUUCGAAACGGCUAGCGAUGAUCUGAUAGACCUGAUCGAAAAUGGACUUACGACCUAUUUUACGGAACUUGAUACAAAUCUAGACGACUCCAUCACCACCAUGUUGACGGAUGCGUUCGACGAUGUGAUAGCCGACUUGAAUACGCUAGCUGGGUUAUUGGAUUCACUGAAAACACAAUUACAAAAUGCGCUGACAGCAGCUGGUUCCAAUCCUCCAACAAAGGCCAUCCUGCGCAAGUUUGUGUCAACAAGCUUAACGUCCACCAUCGCAAAAACGGUCAUAUCGUUGAAGGCGGACAUCCCGCUGGUGACGUACAUCAUUGCAAAUUCGAUCGAAAACCUUAAGGUUGCCGAUGACUACAUCUUCGAAUCGGGUACGGUCGCUACCGAUGCGUUGGAUACUGUCAACGUGGGACUGGAAGCGCUCGAAGCGGAAGUGCAGCUGUACAGUGACGACACUAGCCAAAUUACGGACAUCAUCGAUCCGGUGUAUCAAGAAAACUUUGAUUUUUCCGGUCUCGAUCUAACCGGCAUUUCGUUGAUUGAGAGCGAACUCAACGAGUACAGUGAAACGUACACGACAGAUCUGGAGGCUACCAUUAGCGAUAUAAAGGAUACUUACGAUUCCUAUAAGCAAGAUAUACUGCUAGUAUCUGAUGGACUAGGUUCGUUCUACAGUGACUAUGCAUGCGAUCAUCUCCAUGAGCUGGUUUUAGUGCUGAUCUCGAAUGGAAAGUAUGCUGACUACUGUUUCAACAAGUACGCUCCGCGCACAUUCGCACUGUUCGAAAAGCAGGCACGCGAAGCCAAUCGAUGUGUAGAUCGGGAGAUCACACGCCUACUGAAGCUGCAGGAGAUAUUGCUCGCCAUGGCCAAGAUGCUAGUUUUCAACAUUGAGGAUAUCCUCGCAGAGGUCACUAUCUGCGUACAAGCACCGGAACUGUGUAACACAGAUGUAAGUAUUGUUGCAACGGACACAAAUGCUCCAUUUGCACCCAAAAGCAUUUAGAACUAUGGUUCUCUUUUCAUAGGACAUGGAGGCUGCAUUCCACGGGGUACACCUGGCCGCAAAAGAGCAUCAGAAUUCGAUGAAGAACCUUGUCACCUAUGAAACUAUAGCUGGACUGAAUCGUCUGAGUGCAUGUUUUAGUUCGUCCAAGUCUUUGCUAGUGCUUGAAUCCGCCAAUAUGGUGACUGAAAUCGACACUUGCGAAACGGAUGGGCCUAC